AUGAUUAGUGUGGGAAAAUGUAUUUGCUUUUGUAUCCUAAUAAUACAAUGUGCAUUUACCAAUGCUAUUGAAAUCAACGAAGGAUUCUCUUUACCUAGUUUUGAUCCGCAAAUGAAGGAUACAAAAGUACAAAUAAUGGAUGAACUAUAUAACAAUACCCAAGGUGAAACAUGGCCAAACCUUUCACGAUCUCGUGCGGUUGCCAUAAGAACACAGAGAGAUGUUUCACAAAACGAAUCCAUUGGUUACGGGGUUGGUGCUGGAGUCUCAUUGCGAGACGUGGUGUUCGAACCGUUUGGAUAUAACCAGACAGGAUUGGCCAACUUGAGAACAUUGUUAAACGUGGGGGUUAAAACCCUUGUGCUUGAUCUUUUUUACAACGAAGGAAACGGUAAGUGGUUAGUGUGUCCGAAAAAGAAGGUUCUACAACAGAGAGACAAGAAUGUACCCGAUGAAUGUCUAGUUAAUAGCUUCAAUUUGACAUCUGUGGUUAAUACUUUAUCUGACUACAUCCUUGCAACGAAUAACAACUUGAAUUUCAAUACUUUGUUUCUACUUUUGCGCUUGAACGCCAUUUCUUUUCCAACGAAUGUCACUGUUCCAGCCUCUCUAAUAAACUCCGGUGUGCAGGAUUUGUCUAUAAUUGCUCAAAUUCCUAAUGUUGCGUUACCAUAUCUGAUAGAUACAACCAAGUUGCCUUCUCUUGAAUAUUUAUUGUCAAAGACAAGGUCUCGUCUUUUCCCUAUUAUUAUAGAGAACAAAACACCCUUUAACGAAACUGACCUUCCUGUAAGUGAUGACCAGCUGUUUGUUUCAAGCACUAUUGAAUCGUUAAACUCACCAGAUGACACUAAUGUCUUAGACAUUUCAUUUACACACUUUUCAAGAAGUAAUUGCACGCGGUUAGAAGAUGGACCCAACCCUAACUUGAUUUCUUUUUCAUAUGACUCAUCAUAUUUGCCGUUCAACCUCUCGACAUACAGAGAGAGUAUAAUCUGUGGUCAUAACCCUAUAAUAAGCACUCCAUUUAAGAAUCUUGUUGACAUAUCUGUAUUCCUUGAAUUUUCACUUUGGUCUUGGGCACCACUGCAACCGACGCCUAUACUGUUUGAUGAACUUUCCGAUCCCGGAUUAGUCUAUAAUAUUACGGUAAUCAGAUCUUGGCUCGACGGCAAUAAUAAUCUAUCGACAACUCCGGAUAUAGGAUCAGAGUCUCCAUUUGUUAGUUCGUGGGGAGAUGUAAAUUCUGCAAACUCUUCCGGUAGUGACACGAGCUCGAACUCUAAUUUAAAUGUUAAUGGUGGUAAUGAUGACGAUAAUAACAGUGAUAAUUCUUAUAUCAACAGAUGUGCAGUUCUUUCACGUGUUGGCUGGGUAGCAACGUCUUGUGAGCGGAGUUUCAGAACAAUAUGUCAAAACACACGAAAUUUGUCAGAUUAUUGGAUUUCCCAAGAGAAAAAGUCAUAUGUUAGAAGCAUAAAAACUUGUGAACAGCUAGAUGGAGACUACACGAUGGUUCUACCAAAGACGUAUUUUGAACAAUCACAUUUGAUUGAAAUGAUGCCGAAGGAUCAAUUGUUUUUAUGGAUUAAUUUGAAUUCAAUGUCCACUGAAAACUGCUGGGUUGUAGGGUUGACUGCAACGUGCCCUUAUCAAGAAGUUGUUUCUAGGCAUAUUUUUGCUCAGAUGAUCUCCCCUAGUGCGGCUAUGGCAUGGAUGCUAAUUACCAUUUUUAUACUUUUUCAAUUUCGAAGACUCCCUGUCCAUAAAAAUAGGAAACAUUGGAAAAAACUGUUGAAUGAGAAGCUGAAAGGUGACCUUGAUGGGGUGCCGUCAUGA